CUUUCGCUAGCGGACAAUGGCCAUGCAAUGGCCAAUGGCCCACGCUUUGUCUUCAAGUUUUAUUGCAGAUCCUUGCCUUUGCCUUUGCCUUUGAUCCUUGGCUUUGGUGGCCCACGCAAAUUCAUGAAGAGGAAAGCACAGCCGCGCAGGUUAUAAUCGGCCAUAAUUUUAAGCAACAAACGGAGCUGUGGUGUUGAGCCUGCGGUCAGGGAAGAUCUUCAAUAAAACCCAUGGCGGACUCAGGCAGGCAGCUGCGCAAUCGCAAGGUGGAACCGGGAAGGACUCCAGAGUCCAGGUCGUUUAUUAGCGGUCCGGCAGUAUCUGGAUCCGAGCAGCAAGAGACUCCAGCCAGAACAAGGAACUAUGCAGAAGGGGGCCUCCCCAAGUCGCACAAGGUUCUCAUCCUCUUCCUGGCAUCCUUCCUGCCAGCAGUGUACCUCUUCUCUACGCUGGACAUUGAUGCUGCGGACAAGAGGUUCAUCCUUGGCAAUCUGGCCUUCAGUUCAGUUGGCUUUCUGCUGACUGUGUGGCUGAUUCCAGUCGCAGUCCCGUAUAUGCUGCGCAAGGGGAUGUUUGGGAUGGACAUCAACAAGCGGGGCUCCCCGGGUGGCGAUAUCAAAGUUCCAGAGUCCCAGGGGCUGGUGGCUGGCAUCGUCUUUCUGGUGUGCACCAUCAUCUUCCAGCACUUCUACUUCUCAGCAGACUCUCCGUGGCUCGUGGAGUAUAACGCCGCACUGGCGUCCAUCUGCUUCAUGAUCUUCCUUGGGUUUAUCGACGACGUCCUGGACAUCCCGUGGAGAGUCAAGCUUCUCCUUCCCACCGUGGCGGCGCUUCCUCUUCUGAUGGCAUAUGCUGGAGGAACAAGCAUCGUGGUUCCCAAGCCAUUGCGUUGGCUCUUUAAGCCGUAUGCCGGGGGCGACCAUUUUGAAAUAGGCCCUUACGCUGUCCCCGUUCCUGAGGCGCUGCGGCCCUACCUGGCCCCAUACCUGAGCUCUUACGUCAUCGAACUUGGCUGGUUGUACAAGUUGUACAUGGGUUUGCUGGCCGUCUUCUGCACCAACUCCAUCAACAUCCACGCGGGCGUCAACGGCCUCGAGGCCGGCCAGACCGUCAUCAUCGCAGCCUCGAUCCUGACGUACAACAUAAGCGUCUUGGGCGGCAUCGGCGUCGGGUGGCCGCUCGCGGCGGAGAAGCGCGAGGCGCAGCUCUUUUGCCUGUACCUCAUGCAGCCCUUUUUGGCGGUCACCAUGGGCGUGCUCUCGUACAACUGGUAUCCGUCGACCGUGUUUGUGGGCGACACGUUCACCUACUUCGCCGGCAUGACGUUCGCCGUUGUGGGCAUUCUGGGGCACUUCAGUGAGAUGCUGCUUUUGUUCUUCAUUCCCCAGAUCCUCAACUUCCUCUACUCAUGCCCACAACUCUUCAAGAUUGUUCCCUGCCCCCGGCACAGACUGCCCAAGUUUGAUCCUGAGACCGGUCUUCUAACCGGCAGCAACGACCUGAAUCUGGUUAACUUGUUCCUGCGAAUCUUCGGCCCGCUCACGGAACAGCAACUGUGUAUACGACUGCUCGUUUUCCAAGGCUUCUGCAGUGUUGCGGCCUUUACUAUCAGGCAUCUACUUACCGGUGUCUAUAAAUGAGCCUAGCCUGACUGAGUUUGCAACAGGUACGUGCAUAGUUUACUGCAAGUCUGUUGCAAGAACAGCUUCUGCGACACGUUUGGGUUAUGCCAGUACACGCUUUUAUAGGCUGUCACCCAAGAAAGCAUAUUUUUGACGGAAGUGACGAGUGCCAAAACCCCCGGGCCAUGGUUUUCACCGAU